AUGGGCCUUUCCACCACCCCUCCCGCAGCUGCUUCACGUCCUGCACCAGCUCGUAGAAGAACAGGGAUAAUUGUCCUGCUGGUGAUGCUACUUGGCGUCUUUCUUCUUUAUUCAUUUGGCGUGGAUACCAUGUAUCAAUGGCAACAAGUUUGCACCGAUGUGACAUGCGAUGAUACAGUUUUCCCGAUGCCAGAGGAAACACUUGUCGAACAAAGCAACAACAACAACAACAACGAGAAUCAACAACAGCAGCACGACAACGACCAAUCGAGCAUCAGCAGCAGCAGCAACAGUCGUCCAAAAUCAUUUCCUUAUACGAUUGUGACGGCGUCUAGUGCCAACCAUUUGUGUGCACUUGAGAGUUUCUUGUAUGCAUUGAACGACCUACGACCUGAUGUUGAGCAUUUUCCUCGUGUGGUGGUAUACAAUAUUGGCAUGAACCGUACACAGCUACCCAUUCUUGAUCAGCUGCAACAAAACGGGUUGAUUGACGACCUUGUGACGUUUGACUAUUUCAAGUAUCCCCGCUUUUGGGACGUGGCGAUCAAUGCUGGCGAAUAUGCAUGGAAAACGGGCAUCGUACAUGAAGCUGCUGAACGAUACGGUGGCGUUUUGAUUUGGCUGGAUGCCGGCAAUAUGGUCACCACUGACUUUUUGGAAAACAUUCAUCAUGUGGUGCGACGACGUCAUGGAUUUUGGAGUCCACGCAGCGUUGCCACCAUGGGUCGCUGGACGCACCCUGGCAUGUUUGCUUAUUACAAGGAAGAUCCAAAGACCUAUGCACGCUAUGCCAACUGCAAUGGUGCUGCCAUUGGCUUUGAUGCGGAUAAUGCUACGGUGCGUAGUGACAUUAUUGAUGCGUGGUACGAAUGUGGUCUCGACAAACGAUGCAUUGCUCCGCCUGGUUCAUCUCGCGCCAACCACCGACAAGAUCAAGCCGCACUCUCGUAUCUGGUUUACAAAUCAGGAUUUAGUUGUAUCCAAAUGCCUGCCAAGUUUUAUAAUCUCCAAAUCCAUCGUGACGUCUCAUGUGCCGCCAACUUGCUUGAGCGUGAAGUGCAAUCCAAAUUGCAUCAUCCUUCUUCUAUUGACUACGACAAGUGGCAAAGAAGUGAUACUCUCAAAUUAUACAACCACCCAGAGUGGCGAUACUAUGCGGACCAAGUACCCCAACAUAUUUCUCAGCUGAUGCAACCUCCCACCUAUUAG